GUGCUGCUUCCUCGCGGUCGCUCUCUUGCCUCGCCUUCAGGGGACGCGUAGGCCCGGGGUUGCGCGGGGCCGCGGCGGGGCCUCCCGGUAGCCCCGGCCUGUCCGCCGGCUCUGCAGCAGCGGGGGAGUCCGUGGCCCCCUCCCCGCCGGCUGGGGGGGCCCAGCGGUGUGUGUCCUGACGCUGUGUGCUGAGCUGCUGCUCUUCGUCCCCACCAGGGAUCAUACUGGUCGGAGAAGAGGAACAUUAAGGGGGAAAAAACAAAAUGGCAUCAGGGACGGUAAUGAACGCCACACCUUCAGGAGGAUCGAAUGAUGUGAGCCUGGAGGAACCAAAGAAGAUGACAAGGGAAGACUGGCGGAAAAAAAAAGAAUUAGAAGAACAAAGAAAACUAGGAAAUGCACCCGCUGAAGUGGAUGAAGAAGGAAAAGAUAUCAAUCCUCAUAUUCCUCAGUACAUAUCCUCAGUACCAUGGUACAUAGAUCCUUCUAAAAGACCUACAUUAAAGCAUCAGAGACCUCAGCCAGAGAAGCAGAAACAGUAUAGCUCCUCUGGAGAUUGGUACAAACGAGGAGUUCAAGAGCAUGCUGUAGCAACUAGAUAUCGUAAAGGAGCUUGCGAGAAUUGUGGUGCAUUGACACACAAAAAGAAAGACUGCAUGGAGAGACCCAGGAAAGUUGGAGCAAAAUACACAGGCAUGAAUAUUGCACCAGAUGAACACGUGCAGCCUCAACUGAUGUUUGAUUAUGAUGGAAAGCGAGAUCGUUGGAAUGGUUAUAACCCAGAAGAGCACAUGAAGAUUGUAGAGGAGUAUUCCAAAGUUGAUUUGGCCAAACGUACACUGAAAGCCCAGAAGCUUCAGGAAGAGUUAGCAUCAGGAAAGCUGGAGCAAGUGAACUCCCCAAGACACCAGUGGGGAGAAGAGGAACCAAAUUCACAGACAGAAAGAGAUCAUAACAGUGAAGAUGAAGAUGAAGAUAAAUAUGCAGAUGACAUUGAUAUGCCUGGGCAGAACUUUGACUCUAAAAGACGUAUCACCGUUCGAAAUUUACGUAUUCGGGAAGAUAUUGCAAAAUACUUGAGGAAUCUAGAUCCGAACUCUGCUUAUUAUGAUCCCAAAACAAGAGCAAUGAGGGAGAACCCAUAUGCCAAUACAGGCAAGAAUCCAGACGAAGUUGGUUACGCAGGUGACAACUUUGUUCGCUACACUGGAGAUACCAUUUCAAUGGCACAGACUCAGCUUUUUGCUUGGGAGGCUUAUGACAAAGGCUCUGAAGUUCAUCUUCAAGCAGACCCUACAAAAUUAGAGCUACUUUAUAAAUCCUUCAAAGUGAAAAAAGAAGAUUUCAAGGCACAGCAGAAAGAAAGCAUCCUAGAGAAGUAUGGAGGACAAGAACACCUAGAUGCACCACCAGCUGAACUGCUGUUAGCUCAAACAGAAGAUUAUGUGGAGUACUCUAGGCAUGGAACAGUCAUCAAAGGACAAGAGAAAGCUAUUGCUUGCUCUAAAUAUGAAGAGGAUGUUAAGAUCAACAACCAUACAUGCAUUUGGGGUUCAUAUUGGAAGGAAGGCAAGUGGGGUUACAAAUGCUGCCACUCAUUUGUCAAGUAUUCAUACUGUACAGGAGAAGCUGGGAAAGAAAUUGCUAAUACUGAAGCAAGCUUACUGGAAGAGCAACCCAGGGAGGAAGAACACAUGACAAAACCCAAAACACUGAUGGAGAUCCACCAAGAGAAACAGAAAGAGAAGAAAAAGAAGAAGCACAAAAGGAGCUCAAAUUCAGAUAGUGAGGGUGAAGAGAAAAAGAAGCAGGAAAAACUUAAAAAGGCACUAAAUGCAGAAGAGGCUCGUCUUCUCCACGUUAAAGAAAUUAUGCAGUUAGAUGAGAGGAAGAGACCAUACAACAGCGUAUAUGAAACCAGGGAGCCAACAGAAGAGGAAAUGGAAGCCUAUAGAAUGAAACGGCAGAGACCUGAUGAUCCCAUGGCCUCUUUUCUUGGACAGUAGUCACAGUGAAAAUCAUUCCAAUACACAAGACUUUUUUUCAAUACUUGUUUACAACUCUGUAGACAUUUGCUUACCUUCCUUGUGUCUAGUAAGUGCCAGAAGUGGCAGAGAUUUUUUUUUUUUCACCAAAGAAGUUGGUGAAAACUUCUUUCAACAGACAUAAGCAGUCCAAUACUUACAGCAAUUUUAUAUAUGUGUGUAUGUAUACAUAUACAGUCACAAAUAUAUAUAUACACACAUAUAUAAAAUUUAUAUAUAAAAUACAUACACCUACUCUGUAAAUUCUUUAUUGGAAGAGAACUGACUGGAAUUCUAGGUUUGUUUGGCCAGCUAAUACAUAAAGUCAUGAUACAUUCAGUAAAACUGACUAUUCAAAGGAAAUGGUCAGCAGAUGUCACUUAAUAUAGAACGAAAAUUGUUG